CCUUGUGCCCACAUUCGGGGCGCGCGGAGCUGGGGGGGGGUCCCUGGGGGGGCGCCCGGAGCUAAGAUGGCGUCCGCAGCCAAGGGGGCCGAGGGAAUUGUGCCCGAGCUGGCGAGGGUGCUGCGGUGGGGUUCCGAAGAGCUGAACCUGGACAAGUUGUCGACGUCCCUGGGCGCGUCAGAACAGGCGCUGAGACUCAUCAUCUCCAUCUUCCUCGGUUACCCCUUAGCUUUGUUUUACCGGCGUUUCCUUUUCUACAAGGACAGCUACCUCAUCCAUCUCUACCACACCUUUUCAGGCCUCUCAAUCGCGUAUUUUAACUUUGGAAACCAGCUCUACCACUCCCUGCUAUGCAUCGUGCUACAGUUCUUCAUCCUCCGCCUCAUGGGCCGCACCAUCACGGCUGUCCUCACCACCUUCUGCUUCCAAAUGGCCUACCUUCUUGCCGGAUAUUAUUACACAGCCACGGGCAACUACGAUAUCAAGUGGACGAUGCCCCACUGUGUGCUGACCUUGAAGCUGAUUGGUUUGGCUGUCGACUACUAUGAUGGAGGGAAGGAGGAGGCUACCCUGUCCCCCGAGCAACAGCAGUUUGCCAUCAGGGGUGUCCCGUCGCUGCUGGAAGUGGCUGGCUUUUCCUACUUCUAUGGGGCCUUCCUGGUGGGACCCCAGUUCUCCAUGAACCACUACAUGAAGCUGGUGCAGGGACAGCUGACAGACAAGCCGGGGAGCUUACCCAGCAGCACCAUCCCCGCUCUCAAGCGCCUGAGUCUGGGCCUCGUCUACCUGGUGGGCUACACCACGCUCAGCCCCCACAUCUCAGAAGAGUAUCUCCUCACAGACGACUAUGAUAAACGCGACUUCUGGUUCCGCUGCAUGUACCUGCUGGUCUGGGGCAAGUUCGUGCUGUACAAAUACGUCACCUGCUGGCUGGUCACGGAAGGCGUCUGCAUUCUCACGGGACUGGGCUUCAACGGCUUCGACGAGAACGGAGAGGCCAAGUGGGACGCCUGUGCCAACAUGAAGGUGUGGCUCUUCGAGACCACCCCCCGCUUCACGGGCACCAUCGCCUCCUUCAACAUCAACACCAACGCCUGGGUGUCCCGGUACUUCUUCAAACGCCUCAAGUUCCUGGGCAACAAGGAGCUGUCCCAGGGUCUGUCACUGCUAUUCCUGGCCCUCUGGCACGGCCUCCACUCAGGGUACCUGGUCUGCUUCCAGAUGGAAUUCCUCAUCGUCCUUGUGGAGAGACAGGUCGCCGCCCUGAUCCGGGACAGCCCGCUGCUCAGCAGCCUGGCCUCCAUCACCAUCCUGCAGCCCUUCUACUACCUGGUGCAGCAGACCCUGCACUGGCUCUUCAUGGGCUACUCCAUGGCGGCCUUCUGCCUCUUCACCUGGGACAAAUGGUUCAAGGUGUACAAGUCCAUCUACUUCCUGGGCCACGUCUUCUUCCUGAGCCUCCUCUUCAUCUUGCCUUACGUCCACAAAGUCAUGGUGCCAAGGAAAGAGAAGUUAAAGAAAGCGAAGUAAUCGGUCUCCCUGGUGGCCUCGAGCAGGAGCAGGACCGGUGCAGAAGUGACCGUCUCCCCCUCCCAGCACUCCCGCACCAAGACCCGGAGAGGGAGACGGCGCCCCACGCACAUGACUGCCAGCCUCGACUCCACCCGGGGCCACUCCGGUGGGAGGAGCGGAGGGUCCCGGCCCCCCUCGGCUCCCCCCAUGCACGUUGCCUUAUCUCUUUCCCCUCCAGCCAGGAAUCUGUUGUGUUUCUCUUCUGCCAAUUCACUAUGAUUGUAUGUGCCGCAGAGGCUGCCACACCACCCCCCCUAUGGGGGGGCGGGGAGGGUUUUGCGGCCCCGCCUGCUCCACUUUUUCUACCUUGGAACUGUACCGGAUAAAAAUCACUUCUGUUUGUUCGGUUUUUUCACUCCUG